GGAAGUAGAGAGGAGACAUUGUUGAAACUGGCAGCAGAGGAGAUGAACUCAGGAAUUCUCCAGGAAUGUUUUACAGACCAAUGGAGCCCUCUAAUCCUGAGGAAACUUCUGAUAAAUCCCAUACUAUGACUUCAGAUGUCCAUCUAAGAUCAAUGGAUCCUCCUAAACUUGAGGAAUCUUCUGAUAAAUCCCAUACUAUGACAUCAGAUGUCCAUCUAAGAUCAAUGGAUCCUCCUAAACUUGAGGAAUCUUCUGAUAAAUCCCAUUCUAUGACAUCAGAUGUCCAUCUAAGAUCAAUGGAUCCUCUUAAACUUGAGGGAUCUUCUAAACAAUCCCAGACUAUGACUUCAGAUGUCCAUCUAAGAUCAAUGGAUCCUUCUAAUCCCGAGGAACCUUCUCAUAAAUCCCAUACUAUGACAACAGAUGCCCAUCUAAGAUCAAUGGAUCCUUCUAAUCCUGAGGAACCUUCUGAUAAAUCCCAUACUAUGACUUCAGAUGACCAUCUAAGAUCAAUGGAUCCUCCUAAACUUGAGGAAUCUUCUGAUGAAUCCCACACUAUGACAUCAGAUGUCCAUCUAAGAUCAAUGGAUCCUCUUAAACUUGAGGGAUCUUCUGAUCAAUCCCAUACUAUGAUUUCAGAUGUCCAUCUACCCCAUACUAUGACUUCAGAUGUCCAUCUAAGAUCAAUUGGUCCUUCUAAUCCUGAGGAAUCUUCUCAUAAAUCCCAUACUAUGACUUGGGCUAUCCCAUUGAGAUCUCACAGUACGGACAGAUCAGCAGAUCAUUCUAAUCCCAAGGAAUCUUUGUUAAGCUGUGAAGGAAGCGAGAGUUCCAUGUCAUGUUUGGGGUGCGGGAAAUCCUUUACAAUGAAAUCUGAACUUCUUCUACACCUCAGAUCUCACACCAGUGUGACCUACACUUGUUCAGAGUGCGGGAAAUCCUUCAACGAAAAAAGCGAAUCUCUGACACAUCAGAAAAUCCACAAUCCUUAUUCGUGUUCAGAGUGUGGGAAAUCUUUCGCUCUGAAAGGAGAUUUUAACAAACAUCAGAGAGUUCACACGGGCGAGCGUCCUUUUUCUUGCUCAGAGUGCGGGAAAGGUUUCACUCAAAAACCGCACCUUCUUACGCACCAGAGAAUUCACACCGGGGAACGUCCUUUUGCAUGUUCGGAGUGCGGGAAAUCUUUCACAUUGAAAGGAAGCCUUCUUAUACACCAAAGAAUUCACACGGGGGAGCGCCCUUAUUCGUGUUCGGUGUGCGGGAAAGCUUUCGCUGUGAAAGGAGACCUUGUUAAACACCAGAGAGUUCACACGGGUGAGUGUCCUUAUUCGUGUUCAGAGUGCGGGAAGUGUUUCACGUGGAGAAGAGACCUUCUUAAACACCAGAGAAGUCACACGGGUGAAUGCCCCUACUCGUGUUUAGAGUGCGGGAAAUGUUUCACUGAGAAGGGAAAACUUAGUAGGCACCAGAGUAGUCACACAGAAGAACGUCCUUAUUCAUGUUUAGAGUGCGGGAAAUGUUUCAGAUUUAAAGGAAAUCUAAAAAAACAUCAGAGAACACACCUACGUUGAUUAUCUCGACAAAUGUAUUUAUUAGGUUGAAAUUGGAUUGAACAACUUUCUAAUUAAAACCUAAAUUUAAUCACUUCAGCCCUGGAAGGUUUUACCCCCCCUUAAUGACCAGGCCAUUUUUUGCGAUUCAGAACUGC